AUGUGCGAGAGCAAACGUAUUGGAUCUAUCUGCAUGUCCACGCCCACCGCCUCGGCGUCCGCCCCUCCUGGCAGCCUCAAGAUCCCCUUCGCCAGCUCCGCGACUUCCUCCUCGCCCCCCCCCCCUCCAAGGGCGCGCGGGAUUCCCUCGCCUCCUUCUCCCAUCCUUCAGGGAAGCCUCAAGGAACCUCCUCGUCCCAUCGAUUGGCGUCCUUCGGUUCCAGGGUCCCAGGGACGAGGUGUCCCCUGUCCUGGCGCGAAACCCGAGGUCGCGGCAGGACAGCCUCCCUCUGGACUCGAGCCGCCCUGGAGCCCAGGUCCUUGGGAGGAGCGAGAAGGACUGUCCAGGAAGGCAGCAGGAACGCCCAGAGCGCAGCCAGCGGUGACCGUGAAGCGCGCGGGACGAGGAAGUCCUUGCGGGAUGACAGGAGCUGAUCCUGCGAAGGUUCUCUGGAAAUCCUCAGGACACGCUAUGGGCGCCAAGGAAGCUGACCAUAGAGGCGGUUUUCUGCACUACAAUACGGGCACUUUCGAGAGACAUUAUGGCACAUUGUAA